AGGCGCCAUUCACUGCGUCAUCAGCACGUGACAACUGGGUACGUAGAAUUACUGCGACUGCUCUUCUCAAACAGCAACGGCGUUGUUCUCGGACGUAAAUCUGGGGUCCUGUUGCUCCCCUGCUGUUGAGGCUAGUUGGCAGCCGGCUGUGUCUCGGCGGGAGGAUGGACAGUGAAAUCCAACGGGAUGGGAGAGUCCUGGAUCUCACCGAUGAUGCCUGGAGGGAAGACAGGCUGCCGUACGAAGACGUCACCAUUCCUUUGAGUGAGUUGCCUGAGGCUGAGCAGGACAACGGGGGAUCGACAGAGUCUGUGAAAGAGCAAGAGAUGAAGUGGACAGACCUCGCCCUGCAGAGCCUACAUGAGAACACACCGAGCACCGGAAGCUGAAAGACUAACACAGAGUCGAACUGUACAAAUAAAAUGCACAGACGUGGUGCGCGCUGUGUCGGUUUUGACACACAAAUGUGCCGUAUCUUCUCGGCGCAUUGGCCUUUUACUUGGUGGUGAACCAUCCAUCACUCUUAUUGUAAAACAUAAACAUUGUUUAUACUUUAUGAAACUGUGAUAAAUGUGAGCACAUAGUC